CAUUCAUACACAAUCUCUGUAGUACUGCAGAGGCUGAAUUGAGAGCUCCAAAAAGAAAGGAAAGAAAAAAAGGAAAUAGCUCCUUUAAGCUUCCAAAAUACGACUGUCUCAUUUUACACCCUUUAUAUUAUUUUGUGUUAGCACUCACAAAACCAUUGCAUGUUUACGUUCACAAAUUCCUGACAAAUCACAGCAUCAGUGACUUGGUUCAUCCCCAGGAAGCUCUGCCUGAGUGCUGCUGAAAUACAGCAGGCGUGGGGUGGGUGUUGGAAUCAAGCUUCCCACCUUCACGGCGGCACGGCAAAGCCUGCUAAAAGCAACCCAACAACCAGGCAGCAAAAAUACCUUAUUUUUAUGUAGCAGAUGCACAGAGCGUGCAUCUACCCCUACUAACACACACGGACUAGUCACGGCCUGGCAUGUGCAAGCUGCAAUCUCUCUGCUCCAGCAGGAGCAUCCCAGGAGCAAAUCCAGCUCCAGAGGGGCAGAAGGCAGCGGCAUUGAAGGGCCACACGCUCCCCGGGCUCCUUGUUUUGCGACCCGGCCUGAUGCGUGCAAGCCUCUGUGUCGUUUGUGUGCCCUCCGCAGCUGUGAAAUCCCUCAAGGCAGCGUUUGGUGCUAACCCGGGCCGGGGGAAGGCGGCGGUGGCGCCAGCGCCAGGAAGCGGCGGUGCCGCCCGGGGCAGCUCCCGGGAGCCCUCGGCGGGAACACGAACGGGAACUGGGGCCGGUCCUGGAUGUAGGAAAUAUGAAUGACUGGCAGAGAAAAAGCCCUCUAGACUGGCAAACGUAUGUGAACAAAUUGGUCAAAGUUGUUGCAGUUGAGAAACAUGAAUAUGAAGGAUGGGUUUUAACAGUUGACCCAGUUUCUGCCACCAUUGUCCUCGCAACAUUCCCGGAGAACGAGAAAGGAUCUAUAUCGUUCAUUAUGGGCCACGCUGUCCAGGAGGUGAAGGUCCUGCAGGAAGGGGACAGUGACAUGGAGCAGCGCCUCGCCCGCAUCCUCGCGCCCGAGGAAAGCCAAGCCUACAGCGCGGAGGAGCUGGAGAGGAGGAAGAACGCCUUGAAGACGUGGCUGGAGAGCAACCACAUCCCCGUGGGCGAGCAGGGGGAGCUGGGCAGGACGCUGAGCGUGGCGGGGGUGCUGAGCAUCGAGCCCCCGUACGGCCCCGAGCAGUGCAGCAGCACCAACGAGAUCAUCCUGGCCCGCGUGCAGGGCCUGCUGCAGGGCUUCCUGCAACAGCAGCGCUGAGCCAGGGCUGCUCCUUUGGACUCCAGGAGCUCUCCUGGUUUAGGAACCAACCUCUUUUAGGAGCUCUCCUGGGUGUCAAUAUUCACUAUUUGCAGAAACGCUGCAUUUUGGGUACUUUCGUCAUGAUUUUUUUGUAUGUAAAGGAAGGAAUAAUAAUAAACUCAAAGCACAAGCAUUUUUUCAUUUGCUACUUUUAUUUGAAGCAAACUGUUGGAUAGUGGUGAUGUAUUAAACUGAUCCCUCAGCUUAGAGUUUUUGUAACAGUAUUGUAAAAGAUGAUAUAUCAUACAUUUAAAUGUUUUCCCUUUAAAUGUAUUUAAAUGUUUUCCCUUUAAAACCAGUUUAAUUAUCUAGUGCUGAAGGCAUGUUUAUUUGAACUGCUUGCCAAAUUCUUUCCUUUUUUUCUUUAAGAAAGAGAAUUAUGACACCUGGACUUCCCAAACCAAAUUUAAAAAAUGUUCAGAAAGCUGUUUUCUUUUGUUUUCCUGGCUGGUUGGUUGGUUGUUUUUCCCAUUACUGUUCUCCUAGUUUAGAAUAUAAACUACAAUGUGUGUCCAGGUUUGUAGAAUUAUUAGGGAAGGUUAGUAGGCAAAUAGCAGGUUUUAAAACCAUUACCUGUCUAUAUUUGUUAUUUUAGAGCAGCGGUGCUUGGAAAACCAGUGUUCUAUAGAAGGAAAAUGUGUUGCAAUACAGUAAGUUUGUGGUUUUUAAUGCUCUGUUUCUAGUUUAUGCCAACACAUGAUGCAGGAAUCAUUAUGUGAUUAUUCUUGAGAUUAUUAAUGUACUGAGGAACAUUUAGAGCUUUUAUUUAUCUCAGUGUAUUUGUUCUGCCUUAUUAGGAGAUAAGCUCAUUGGUAUGCUCAAAUACAGCUGGGAAGUCUGCCUA